CUUCCUGGUAGCAGGUGGGUGGAGGCUUCUUAAUGAUCAGACAGAGUUGAGCACGGCUCACACGGAGACUGGCAGGACGCUCAGCAGCCGGACACCCGGGAGACAGCGUUCCCGAUCGCCAAAAUGCUUUACGCCGAGUUACUGAAGCUGUGGGACGAGUCCGUGCAGGCCAUGGACAGCCGGGACUGGCAAGGAGCUCUGGAGAAACUCCAGCAAAUCCAGGAGCCCACCUCCCGCAUUCUGUUCAAUGCCGCCACCGCUCACCUGGCCCUGGGACACCUGGACAUGGCUCUGAAGUGUUUAGAUCUCACCAUCUCCAAGGACGAGCACUUAGCCGUUGGCUUCUUCCAGAGAGCGGCGGUGAACAUGCAGCUGGAGAGGUUGGAGGACGCUCUGUCAGACUGCAUCUGGGCCCAGAAGCACAUGAGAAAGAACACAGUCAUCGACUACAAGCAGCUGGGACUGCGGUUCAAACUCUACAGCUGGCAGGUGUUGCACAAUGCAGCAGCUGCGUACUGUCGGAUGGGCCAAUGGGAGCAGGCCACGGAGGUCCUGCUGCAGGGAGGAGGGGCGGGGCACCUGGAGGCUGCUCUGGACAGCAUUGAGAGGAGGGAGCUCCCCACCCCUCUGACGGUCCCCGAGAGUCUGGUGUUUCGUCCCAGGAAACAGGAAGUGGAGCAGCUUCAAAAGAAAGACUUCCUGGGAAAAGCAAAGGUGAUCUCUUCGCUGAUUCCUAACGAUGAUUUUGGAGGCUUUGAACCUCUGAGGCAGCAGAGGCCGGGUUUCUAUGAGCCGAAGGCCGACAGAGCUCAAGAAUCUCGAUACAUGCGAGUGCGGACCCCAUACAUGGCCCGGGCACCAGAGCAGCUGACUGUACCAGGGGGGGUGGUGGUGUUUUUAUUUGGGGAGGAGGACCGAGAUGGAAUGAUAAAUGUCAUUUAUGAUGGACAGAGAGGUCUGCUGCCUGUCUUCCUGCUGGAACCUGCUGAAGUCAACGCCCCCAAAGCCAAAAAUGACAAUAGAGUUCCCAGUGGAAUCCCCCUCCCACCCGGACUCCAACCACCCGGUCGGCCUCAGGCCAAGCUUGGCCCUGCCGCUCCUUCUCGAGAAACUCCACCUCCAUCCCCCAUCACUUCACCCCACGCCCCGCCCUCCUCCACCUUGCCUCUGAAGCCUGCGGCCAGCACAGGACGAGUCCAGCAUUCAGGCCCACCGGAGGAGGGAUCUGUGGUGGUGAAGGUCCACUACACGUACACGGUGGCUGUGACCGUCCCCCUGAACACUCCUUACCACGAGCUGAAGCAGCGCAUUGCUCAGAAACUGGGCCAUCCAGCGUCUGAGCUGUGCCUCAGACACAAACAGCAGGGCUCCCACCUGCUGAGCCCUCUGAGCGGGGAGCCUGGCGGCACCGUGCAGGACCUGGCUGUGGCCGGCAGAGCCACCCUGUGGUGCCAGAAAGAUGACCCCUUGGUCAACCGACACAUCCUCUACCAGAUGGUGGCGCUGUACAACUAUGACGCUCAGGGUCCAGAAGACCUGGAGUUCAGUGAGGGAGACACCAUUGACAUUCUGAGUGAAGUUAAUGAAGAAUGGCUGGAGGGACAUUGUGCUGGAAACGUCGGCAUCUUCCCCAGCUGCUUUGCCUACAGGGAAAACAGCAGCCUUUACCCCUCUCACAUUUAAAGUCUGAGCGAUCCUGUGGCAACAUCAUUGACUGUACAUGGAACUGGAAUGAGCGAGUGUGACCUCAACAAUAGAAAACUGUUUACUUCCAGCUCCAACCAAAUCAAGCAAAUCCAGUAGGCAUUUUUCUGCCAUACCGACGCCGCCAUGUUGGAGCCAGACAAGGUUAGUAGGCAGUGAUUGGUCUGAGUCUGUCUGAGGCACCGUUUCUAUGGCGACCACUGUCUCCAGUCAUAAGUUAGCUUGUUGAAAGUCCACACCCCUUCCACUGAAGGCAGCUCUGGAGAAUCUGUCAAACCAUGAUGGAGGUGGGGGCCAGUGGGCACCACAUGCUUUUACUGA